CCAUAUUCAACCUAAAGGAAAAGCCGGUGGUUUGCAAACCGUUAAAACGUAAUUGAAAUGGUUUGCUACGUUGAACACAACCCUGUAACAAACCGGAAAUAAGGUAACAGAUGAUAAAAUGACGGAAGCCGAGAUUCUAACUCUGUAGCUCCGUUAAUAAGAGAACUAAAAAUGUGGAAAGGAAACACGUAAAAUGACAAUUAAACAACAGUAUUAGAAGAUUACCAGCAACGGCGAGGUUAUAGGUUCGCUUUGGACACUUCAAUGGCCGAAGCAACUAUGACAAGAGCUUCGGUGUUUGGACGUUACCAGUAACUUGAUGGCCAUGGAAGAGGUUCACAUCCGUAAUCGUCCGGUAUCGUUUAGUUCUUCGUUGCGUUAACGGCAGUUGGGAACAUUAUAUUCCACGGUUCAUCGUUUCACCAGAAGAGAAAUGGAUACGACUCACGGUCGCACAGGUGUUUUCUACCAGGCAAUGCCUGCGAUUGGAGCUGAUGGAAAGAACAUCAUGAAACUGAUUCCUGUCCAAAUGGUGAACAGACAGUUUUUCCAAACUCAGACAAGGAAACCUGAAAUGGACCCAAGUUCCCAGAAAGCUGUCACCAUAAAUAUUGCUUCAGCACCUGUAAACAUGGCCACAAAGACAGUUUUAAGCUCUUCUGUCUCUCAGCAAAUAACCAGGAAGCAGGUUUCUGUUGUGAAUGUGAAUUUGGGUCAUAGUAAUUCACUCAACAAGCAUUCAUCACAACAGAAGACUCUCAAUUUAAUGGCUGAAGUUCCUCCAGUGGCAACAUUUACAAAAAAAUCUGGGAUGCCAGUAAAACAUAUUAAUCAGCUCCCAGUUACUGUAAAAUCUCCAGCACUUCCCAGAGGACAGUAUCUACAGAUUCCCCCCAAUGCACAAGUCCAGACAGUUCCAGCAUCCAAACUUCCUCCAGGUAUCCAGAAACAGAUCUUUACUUCUUCAGCCAGCAGCUCCUCUUUGGGUUCAGUCUUACCCAAUGUAGUCUUUGUGUCACCUGUCACCACUGUGAAUCAAAGUGUGACUUCACCGAGUGACGCUGCACCAAGCCCACUCCAAGUCUUUCCCAAUCCAUCAAGUGUGACUUCACGUGGACUCCAACCAAAAGAAGCAAAACAACAGUUAAAACUUAUUCCAAAGGUUUCACAAAGGCCCAACAGCCCUACGCGGUGGGUGAUAGAAGAAGUGGAUGCUUCAGCAGGCCCAAAUAUAAAGCCUCUUAAUUGUCCAUCUGUCACUUCAGAGAUUCUUCGAGCAGUUGCACAGAGAGAAAAUUCUUGCAAACAGUUCAAGGCCUUCAGAAGAACAGUUACUCAGUUGAGUCAGGACAGUGCUGUACAAGGGCAGCAAAACGCCUUGGUCAUGUGCAACGGCAAGGUAUUCUUUGUGGCUAAAAAGUGCACCCUGCCAUCUAAUACCACAGCAGCAACAAAAGGCUCUGAAUUCAGCAAAACCAUUGUUCCACAUUUUUCUUCUUUCCAACAGUUUCUUCAGUCAGCUGCAACUCAUACAAGGCAGGACAUCAGAAUGCCAAGGGAGUCAGAUGAGGUGAUUGAUCUAUGUGGUGAUGAUGAUGAUGAGUCACCUCAACAAGCAGCAUCAAUUAACAUGUCAGCAGUCUCUCAUCUGGAUGAAGACAAUGUAAUAUUUGUAUCAUAUAUUCCACCCAAAUCUGAGUCCUGCUCAAGAAACUGCACAACUUCAGACAGAGGAGGCGCAGAACCGAGCCAGGGCUUAUCAGAGCGAAAUGAAACACGAGUUUGUGAUCCAGCAGUGAUGUUCAUGAACAUUCAGCAGAGCACCUCCACCCAGCAGCUGGAAGGCAUAGAGGAUGAUGCAAAAACAGAGGGUCCAGUAGCACCCAGCAGCAGCUUUCAAAUAGAGAGGAACAGUCACAUAAUGGAGGGCUCUACAAAUCCCAAACCACUGGCGCCAAAGCCCUGCCAAGUGUCUGACCACCUGUUGAGGCAAGUUUUUGGGAUAACAGCUGAACUCAAAGUUUGCCUUCAGAGGGUUGAUGACGCAGCAGUUGGGUCUGUCCCUGCAGACCCUCUGCACAUUGAACCCAUCAGGUCAGUGGAGGAUAAUGAGGAACCAAUGGGAGACGUUUUUGUAUAUGAACCUAGUAGCUCACAAAAAAACAAUAUCGACAGUGGUGAUACUGAUUUCCAAAGAGUAAAAGUACUAAUUGGUAAGGAACCGUCAGCAUCACCUCACACAGGUAUCACAGCUUGCAGGUGUUCACAUGCCAAACUGAACCAAAAAUCUUCUUUUGCUUUGGAGCAGAAGUUCUUUUCACACAGCAGAGCCAUAUGUGACUGUGAGACUAAGCAAGUGACUGGCUAUGUGGAACCAAUAGAUGAGACUUUCCCUAGCAAAAAUGAGAACACUAUCCUGCAAUCACAGUAUGUGGAUGCUCAUCUUCAGGCUCAGACUUGGUUGGAUCUCAGCAGAAAGACAAGGAUGGGGCGCACCAGGAAACGCACUGUGUGUCCAUGUUGCAUACCCACUACUCUGGAUCCUGCAGUCAAGUCUCGGGCAGGAGAGGAGCUGGAAAAAUGGGCAUUGACAGCAGAGCAGAUGAGUAAAAAGGGGGGAAGAGCAAAGGUUCCUCGGAAAGAUGGAAGAAUGAGCUGUGAGGAAGCCAAAAACAAGCCAAACUUUAACACCCAUGGCGCCCCGACUAGUGACAAUGUGUCCACAUCAUCUGUGGACUCUGAUGAACUAAAAAGACAGGAACAGAUAAAAAGACUCAAAGAUGUUCUGAAAGAGAAAGAGGCGGCUUUGGAACUAAUGAGGAACAGAGUGAGCUGAUAGAAAUCGUCCAAGCCUUUUAACGCAUGUAUUCUCUUAAAGUUAAUGGAUUUAUUUUUCAAUAUGAUCUGUUAUUGCUUCUCUUUCUCUUCAGUGAUAACUAACAAAACUACACACAUAUGGCACUUGGUAGUCACAAUGUAGCAAUUUCUGGUUUCAUACUGGCAGAGCUUGCAGUUUUGAGACUGAAACAUUAAUUCCAAGUAAGAGCUAGUGCACACAUACACAAUCUCUUGUUCCUAUGGGUGAAUAAGGGAAAACUGGGUCUUGGACUUGAAGGUGACACCUUCUCAUUUGAUUAACUUUUUGAGACUUAUGUAGUGGAAACAAUGUUAUAGCCUCCUGGUGAAGAGAGAGCUGAGUGUAAAAGUGAAGCUGUCGAUCUGCAUCCUUACCCUCACCAAUGGUCACGAGUUCUGGGUUAUGACUGAAACAAUGAAACUGUGGACACAAGUGUCAGACAGGUUGUCUGACAGGUUGGUGACCUGGCCAGGGUGAGUUAUUACCUCAUUCUAUGGUCAUACUGCUGAAAGUAAAUAAUGGCUGCAGUGUUUCCAGCCUGAAAAUUUCAGCUGUAACACAUGAGCUCUGUUUAACUUUCAUUUAACUUUUAUUUUGAUUCUCUCUUAAGUUUGGCUUUUACUUGCAGCUUAAUUUUAUUUUAGUUUUAACAAACUUUGUUUAGGAAAACUACUUGAUACCUUAUUUAGCAAGACAAUGAAAAACCACAUUUUGCAGUUAAUGCAACAGUAGGACUUCAUUGUUAAGGCUGCUGGGGCUAAACUUCUGUUUGGGGUUGUCAGUUUUUAAAUGCAUCAUAUUACAUUACUGCAGUGUUUUUGUAUUUUAUGGUUAAGUUUACUCGGGUGGUCUUACCCUUUUGUUAUUUUUAUUUUGUUUUCCAAUCACAGCCUAGUGUGAUUCAUGAAAUACUGAAACAUAGACUUGUUGUAUUAAAAGAAAGUCAAUAAUUUGAGGUAUGAAGAUCAGUGCUACACAUCCUCCAUCUGACUUCUGUUAGGAGCAUCUGUCCUCGAAUUUUAAUACAUCACAAGACGUAUUAAUGAUUGAUUUAGUUUCAUAUCCACUAAACACAGAUUUAAAGCUUGUUUCAGAAAAUGAAGGUAUUAUACUGUUCUGUUAUCUGUAAUGGAAACACACGGCAGUCUAAUUAAAGCUGUCUAAAUUACACACUGUAUACGGUUCUUUAUUUUUCUUA